AUGGAGACACAGUCGUCAGGCACUCUUCAAUCACCAUCUACGUUUUCGGAGAGUUCAAAAACCGGUAGUAGCCGAUCUGUAGGAAGCGCGAAAGAUGAACCUGAUUUUACAAAGGAUAAUUCUGCAUCUCCAAUUGAUUUGGAGUGCCACAUCCAAGCGGAGCGCAUCACAAAAAUUUUAGAUGAAACAAUUUACAAAACGAAGAUGGCGCUUUGUCUGCCACACCUAGUCCAGGAGUAUAAAACCCUGAGCUCGAUACUAUCCAACCAACACAUGGAAGAUUUGGUGUUCAUUUUCGAACAGUAUGAUAAUCCACUGUUUUCUACUAGUCUACUUAAUUUGGAUGCGUUGGAAGAUAUCAAAGCUGGUGAUGUAUCGCUGAAGAACCGGUUAAAUCCUGAAUUGGGUCACCUUGUCUACAUAUUAAACAGCUACCCUCAUCUGAAGCCGAAAGUCGAAGAAAUGAUUACAGAAAUGAAAGAAGAAUAUUCUGCAUAUGAUGAAUCAAGAAGAAGAUUUCCAGGUUUAGAGUAUUUGUUGACGUUGGAACAUUUUCGUGACUUGAUGAUAAAGCAGAUGGACACUACAGCAGCAGAAGAGUUGGCUGCAAAAUUGAAUACUAGGAAACUAGAGGGCUCCAACGAGAGGCUUAUGGAAAAAAUUAAAGAAUAUACGCAGGAUCUUAAAGAAGAAAAUGAACGCUUUGAAGAAACAAUGAGGAUGAAGACAGAUCUCAUCGCGAGAUUAGAGCAAGAGAUUGCGAUUUUGAACCGUGACGCUGAAAUAAGACUUAAAAAGAAAAUACUAGAUUCAGAUCGGCAAAUGGUGUUAGCGACUCGUGCGCAUCUCGUAAAGAAUGAAAUGUUGAAAGAGGAAGAGGUCGAGUGUCGAGAAUUGUAUGAGAAUAUAUUAAGGAAACAUCUUAUCGAUGAGAAGAAUCAACGGGCUCGAAGGUUUAAAGUGGAGACACAAUUACUAUCAUGGCUACAGAAGUAUGAUCUAGAAAUGGCGGAUAAGCAGGUGGAACUCGAUGAGUUCACAACCAAGUAUGAAGACGAAGUCCAGAAGUGUGAUGAGCUCGAAUUAAAACUAGCGGAACAGGACAAAGAAUAUGUACCCCUGAUGGCUGAAAGAGAAGAGGAAUACCACCAGGAGCUGACGGAGAAGAUGAACAAGUUCCUAUUGGAGCACGCCGCUAGAGUCAUACAAUGUGCUUGGAGAGAUGUGCUUGCGAAUAGAGCGGAGAAGAAACGGCUGAAGAAGCUGCAGAAGAAAAUGCAAGCAGCUCAAGCCGCCGCCGAGGCAGCCGAGAAGAAAAAGGGAAAGAAAUAA